AAGGCAGUAUAAAAUAAUUUGGUUAGUUACACUUAAAUUCAGAUUCAGAUAAAUUCGUCAGUGUUGAGCAUGGUAGAUGGUUUACCUAAUUUACCAGAGAUUCCCCUCAAAUUAAGUGCCUUUACUCAUGAUGAAGGAAGAGAGUGACGUAUGUGUCAUGGCGGACUCCCGUGAUGUUGUUUACUUCGCAGUUAGUAACAUUCCAGCAACAUUUCGCUCAGCUGACUUAAGGAACUAUUUCAGCCAGUUUGUCGAAGAUAAGGGUUUUGUGUGCUUUCACUACCGACACCGACCUGAGGUCCUCAGGGAUACGGCGGAAAGCGGAGCAGCCAAGGGCCCGCAGGACGCCGACGAUGGCUGCGAGCCGGCGGGGGCCGAAGGGAGGCUCGCCGCGGCGAAAGGCGAGAAGACGUGCUGCUGCAUCGUGUCGGUUCGCGGCGGAGAAGACGAUCGCUUUAUCCGAAUGUACGCCGGGAAUCACUGGGAAGCCUCACUGGGCGACUGGCUGGGUAGACGAUGUGUGCUGCGGAGAAUCCGGGUAUCGGACAACCCAGGAGAAAGCAGCUUCCCCUACAAGACCAGGGCUGAGCUAAAUCGACGUACAGCCUCGACGGAGCAGUUCACAGAGGCUGACCUGAGGAGCCUGCCCGAGAUGAACCCGCCGGCGCUGAUGCCCGCCGGUAAUGUGGGUACGCCGGUGACGGUCUUCCUACAGCUGAUCCAGGCCUGCCGUCUGCCUCCACGGCUCAUCCGCCAGCUGGGCCUCACCUUCCCCAAAACAAGCUCCCGCCGUCGCUACGGCAACGUGCCCUUCAAGUACCAGGACACAUACACCAUCAUGCCCACCCGGGAGAGUGUGUACACAGCUAGAGGAGUGGAGAUCUCUGGGCCAGGCCGGGUCAGCACUCACCCUGUGGGGACACCAGGGCCUGACGUUGUCUUGGAGGAUGAAGAAACGACGGUGUCUGGGCCAGAGGAGGUCGAGUCAGGUCCUGAUGAUGAUGACGACCGGUGCGAGGAGUGGGAGCGUCAUGAGGCCCUGCACGAGGACGUCACCAGCCAGGAGCGCAGCAAGGAGCGGCUGUAUGAGGAGGAGAUCGAGCUUAAGUGGGAGAAAGGAGGCUCAGGCCUGGUCUUCUACACCGAUGCCCAGUACUGGCAGGAGCAGGAGGAGGCCGAUUUUGAUGAGCAAACAGCAGAUGACUGGGAUGUGGACAUGAGUGUGUACUACGACAAAGAUGGCGGCGAUAUGGACGCGCGUGACUAUGUGGACAUGCGUCAUGAGCGGAGGCUGAGGGAGGGAUUGGAAACGCCCUCUGACAGGCAGCAGCCAAUUGGGAGUUUUGAAAAGUUCACAAAGGGUGUCGGCAGGAGGGUGAUGGAGAAGCAAGGCUGGAGGGACGGUGAGGGCCUGGGCCACAGCCAGGCAGGAAUGGCUGACGCUCUGGGGAAUGAGGGACAGCAUCCCCGAUGUAAAAGAGGCCUGGGGUACCAUGGCGAGAAGCUCAGCUCGUUCCUCCCGGUAAAGAAGCCGCGCCAAGACUUCUUUAUCUCCACCGUGUACGACCAGCCCAAAGACAUAGACAGAGGAGACACUCUGCUACGACGGCAGCCUACCACAAGCAUGAAGUACAGAGAGUGGCAGCCAGGGGGCAUGAACCACAACAGCUGACACCCUUCCCAUCCCCAAAAAAAUAUAUCCUAUGUAUCUUAUCAGUUAAGGCAUCGGACAAAGAAAAUCAGCCCUCAGCAGUCACUCUGUGAAGCGCUGUCUGGGAAUUACAGCUGGCAUCUGGCCAGCCAUGUUUUACAUUCUGUCAGGUUUUCCUCACAGCAGGUCACAAAUCAGUGAAUAAACGCAUAUUCAUUGGUCAAAACAUGCAGCAGAUGAUCUACAACCUCAGGCCUGCUUUCCUCUUGCCACCCACUUUCCAUCGUUGUCCUGUUUUGUCUUGUACAAAGUGUUUGCUACUCGGUGCGACGUGACACUCUUCUGAAGGUGUUGUUGCUUCCUGGCAUGUCCAGCUGAUAAACUGGAGAACAGUGUCUGUAUCCUAAGAGCCAAAGUGCCUUCUCUCUGUCUCGUGUAAUAGGAGAUUUGUGUAUGGAGCAGUCGAUACACAUGUUGAAGGUCUCAUACAAAACAUGACUGUGUAACUGGAUCCCUUGCAGCCUGUUGUUUCAGGUCAUUCCACUGUGUGUAUGGUGGAGUUUAUAUCAGAAUACAUUGAAAUAAAAACUCUGUUAGUAAUGAUUUAUAGUACGGUGGACAUUGUAUGUGUGUUCUUCAUUUGAUAUAUUUAUGUUGCUGGGUUACUCUUUCUCAGGGGAAAAAUAUAAAAAAUUUAAUAUUCA